AUGGAAUCACAAGCGGUGGCGUCUGAGUGGGAGGGAAAGCACGUGGCCCAAGUCAACGGCGUCACGGCGGGGCAAGCAUGGUCGGUUGUUUCGGACUUCUGCAACGUCCACGAGUGGUUCCCAUCUGUCGCCACGUGUCACCGAGUCCAAGGAACCGAUGGUCAGCCGGGUCUGAUCCGCCACUGUGCAGCCGUCAAAACCGAGGAAGAGGAAACCAAGUGGGCUUUAGAGCGUCUGGUCGAGAUCGAUCCAAUCAAACGGUGUUUGAGCUAUGAGAUCCUCGAGAACAACGUGGGGUUCAAAUCUUACGUGUCGACGGUCAAAGUAAUGCCAGUGGACGGUGGAGAUGAAGCGGACGGUGGAACAAGCUGUCGAAUCGAGUGGUCGUUUGUGUCGGAUCCUGUUGAUGGUUGGAAGAAGGAAGACCUUGAAGCCUACGUGGAGUCUUGUCUUAAACACAUGGCCACUAAAAUGGAAAAGAAUCUGUAA